GGGCACGCCCCCCUGAGUGGCCGGGCCUGCGCUCAGUAAGGUUGUCUCGGAGUUGCCGGGAUGGCGUUCAUGGAGAAGCCGCCGUCCAAUAAACUGUCUCUGGAUGACACCGCACCGCUCACCGCUGUCAUAGAGGCCAGCCAGAGCCUGCAGUCCCACACUGAAUACAUCAUACGAGUCCAGCGAGGAGUAUCCAUGGAAAACAGCUGGCAGAUUAUAAGAAGAUACAGUGACUUUGACACGCUCAACAAUAACCUGCAGAUCUCAGGUCUAAGUCUACCUCUUCCCCCCAAGAAACUCAUUGGAAACAUGGACCGUGAAUUUAUCGCUGAGCGACAGAAAGGGCUCCAAAAUUAUCUGAACUUUAUCACCUCCAAUCAUAUACUGAGUAAUUGUGAAAUUGUAAAAAAGUUCCUGGACCCAAAUAAUUAUUCUGCAAAUUACACAGAAAUUGCCUUGCAACAAGUGUCCAUGUUCUUCCGAUCAGAUCCCAAAUACGAGGUGAUGGAGCCUCUUAAAGACAUAGGCUGGAGAUUACGGAAAAGGUAUUUCCUAAUGAGAUGUAAAAGUCAGCCUAAAGAGCAUCUUGUGUUAAGCUGGGCUGAUCUGGGUCCUGAAAAAUAUUUACAAGAUAAAGAUUUUCAGUGCGCGAUAAAACUCCUGCCAUCUUGGUCUCAUUCGUAUAUAUACCGAGUGACGUUUGCCACUGCUAGUGAGUCGUCUGCACUUGUGAUUAGGCAGUUCAAUGAAAAAGGGACGCUAAAGGAUCUGAUCUAUAAGGCCAAACCUAAAGAUCCCUUUCUGAAGAAAUAUUGUAAUCCAAGAAAAAUUCAGGGCCUUGAGCUCCAGCAAAUCAAAACCUUUGGACGACAGAUACUAGAGGUACUAAAGUUCUUACAUGACCGGGGCUUUCCAUAUGGUCAUCUCCAUGCCUCCAAUGUGAUGCUGGAAGGAGAGACGUGUCGACUGAUGGACCUGGAGAAUUCUCUGCUUGGACUGCCGUCAUUUUACAGAUCGUACUUCUCACAGUUCAGAAAAAUUAAUACAUUAGAAAGUAUUGAUGUGCAUUGCUUUGGUCACUUACUAUAUGAGAUGACGUAUGGAAGACCCCCCGAUUCUAUACCCGUGGACCAGUUUCCACCUGCACCGUCCAUGUCAGUGGUGUCUGUUCUGGAGUCCAUCCUGUCCUGUGAGGCCUGUAAAUCUGGCAUGCCUUCCGUGUCCCAGCUCCUACAGAUGCCGUUGUUCAGUGAUGUGACACUGAUGAAUACUGAAAAACCUCAAUUUAAGAUUCCUACCAAGUUAAAAGAAGCCCUCAAAACAGCCAAAGAAUGUAUGGAGAAGAGACUUGUAGAAGAGCAGAAAUUGAUGUACCAGCACAGACGACUGACUCGAGCACAGUCACAUCAUGGGUCAGAGGAGGAAAAGAAAAAGAGAAAAAUUUUAGCAAGAAAAAAGUCAAAACGCACAAGCUGCGAUUAUGGAGAGGAGCAGUUAAUUAAAUGCAACAACUCAAACAAUUCAGGCUCUGGAACGAGUUCUCCUCUCACGUCGCCAUCAUCUCCUACACCACCGUCUACAGCAGGAAAUGCAACAUCUCAAAUACCAGCACCACCGCCUGCGCCGCCACCACCACCUGCGCCUCUCCCUCCUCCAAGCAAGGAUGUGCCAACACAGUCGGUCGCCCCCGCAGUGAAUGGUACAGACCGUGGAGCCUUACUUAAUUCCAUUAAAAGCUUCAAGAAAGGAGUGCUGAAAAAGUCUUUGACCAAUGACCACAGCACCCCACGGAUCAGCUGAAAUCCGCAAUUGAACUGCACCUGGCCAUAAGCGCCAAAUAUGAUAUAUAUAUAGAUAUAUAUCUAUAUAUAUAGAUAUAUACAUAUAUAUAGAAAAAAUAAUGCUUGGGUUGCUCUCAGUUCAGAUGUUUUAUUUUGGAGCAGGAUUUAAAUUCUGGAAAAGCAAGUGUAUAGUGGAAAGAAGGCCUUACGUUUUAAGAAAGGUUGAAGUGUAAAAUAUAGGCCUGGACUGGCCUAAAUAAUUCACAAUACUGGACUCUCUUAUCAAAAAUUCUCAAGGAGGGAUUCUCGCAUCUUGUACAUAUUGGCUUCACUUUUUUAAUAGCAGUGUGUACAGCAAGCUUCUACAAAGCAUAUGCAAAGCUUUUAUCCAACUUCAAGCAGCAUGUUUGAAAUCUUUAAAGCACCCUUCAGCUCAAGUUUGGGAAGGUUUCACACAGAUCUUAAAGAGGAGCUCCAGUCUCCCCCAAUUAAAAAUAAAACUCAACAGCUAUAAAUACUGUAUCUGCUGAAUUUUAAUAUGAGGACACUUGCCUGUCCAGAGAUCCAACAAUGUUGGCAUCUGCGCAGAUUCUUUGGGUGCAGGCAUCUUGGGUCGCGCUGUGCAUGGGGAAUGGUCCCGCACUCUUUCUAGUUCAUCUGACUCAGAAGUGAAAAGCUGUCAAAAACGUGUACCCACUUCCCCCAAAAAAGUGCCAAAUGUGGAGGGGGGGGGGGGCGCAAGGGUGCAAACGGGCAGAGCUUCCCCUUUUGGAUGUAGUUCAACUUAAAUGGGGACUAUCACUUGAAAUAAGCUGCUAGCAAGUUUCAGUAAGCUUUAGCACUACUUGUUUAAAGCUUGUUUAAAGCAGAACUCUUACCAAAAAUAAUAAAAUAAAAAUGAAUAGCCCAAUAUGUAAUGCAUGUGGUUGCUGUGUGCUAGUGCAGGGUUCAGGGAUUAAAGCAGACAAAAAGGAGAAGAUACAACACCGCUUUACCACCUGUCAAAUGCGUUUAGAUGAACGAUUUCUAAUAAUUUAUAAUGCAGAUCGCUCUUUAGAGAGCCAAGCUUGUGUGAAUUGGUCCUAAAAACUACAUUUAAAUAUGUCUUAAUGAUAACAAAGCUGCAUUAAUUUGUGUAUUUUAUAACUGCCAAUAAAUCAGCUUUAAAAUGAUGGCACUACCAUUAACAUUCACUUUCUGGAACUGAGUUUGCUUUGACAGAGCUUUCUGAAAGCUUUGCAAAUGCUUCAAAAUCUUGCAGUACACAUUGGUCUUUAAUAUACUAAUGUCCAUAUGUACAAGGCCUUAAUACAAACACAUGCUUUGCCCAUGCCGAGCAAUGUAACAGGUAUACUUUAAUGCUCCCCUCCUUAGCAGCAUACACUCACUCUUCCUGCACUUUUCUAUUGCUCUCUUCAUCCACAAUGGUGAAUGUGUACUGCCGGGAAAGGGUACGUUCAAUUAGACCUGUUGCCUUUGCCCUGAAUGGACAAAGCAUAGAUUUCCUUUGGGCAAUCUAUGUUGCAUAUAGUUGUCAAAUAUUUUUCUGUUGCUAUGUAGGUAAAAGUUAGAAUGCAAUGCAGCAGAGAUUUGUAUGAGACAGUCCUUCCUUACAACCCUUUUGCUAUAUGAUGGCCAUUUUGUUUUAAAGUAGUUGUUCAUCCAAAACCUAACUAACUCUAAACCUAUUUGCAGUCACAUUCUAAAACUAAUUUAUCUAGCACUGUAAAGAAGAAAUUGCUAUACAUACCUUUUCUGAAGCCGCUCCAGUCCAGUCUUUGACGGCGGAUGCUGUGUGCAGGAGAGAAUUGACAACAGUUGUGAAGUGACGUCACCCAUAGACUAUGGGGCUUCCGUUGUCGGCUGCCUCUCGUGCACACGCCUACAUACUGAAGCUGCCGCUGACAGCUUAGUGGGGGACUGGAUCAGAGCGCCUUUAGGCCCCUUUCACAUGGAACGGUCCGCCUGUGAGUUUUUUAGGCGGACCUGAACGGACGCUCCGUGCAGGUC